AUGAGAAAUUCAACAUGUCUUCUUCAGCCAUCGUUAGCUACUACUGUAGCUCUCCCAGUCAUCUACUCUUUCCUGUUUCCUGCUGGAAGCUUUGGAAAUAUUCUCACUGCCUGGAUAUUUUCAAGGCAAACACCCACAAAAAGAACACAAUACAUUUAUCUGGCAAACCUUGUCACUGCGAAUUUACUCAUAUGUAGCACUAUGCCUUUUCUGGCUGCCUAUUUUGCAAGAGGGUACCAAUGGACUUAUGACUCUGUAGCAUGUAGAACAGCAAAUCACCUUGGGACUCUCAUUAUGCAUGUUAGUAUGUAUGUUACGAUUAUAAUUUUAUGUUCAAUUGCUCUAAGUCAGUAUGCAACACUGAAGAAAAAUGGUGAUACACAAUACUCUCAAGCAGUUAAUGACAAGUUUUACAGAUGCGUACUUAAAAAGUUUCGUCAGCCAAAAUUUGCUAAAUAUUUGUGCAUCAUUAUAUGGCUCACUGUGCUCUGCAUAACGGUAACAGCUAUAGCAUACAGUGUCCAAGCAAGGGAAGAAUUUCCUGGAUGCUACAACAUCAUGGUAGAAGCAGGUGAAUUUACCACAAUGACGGCAGCUUGUCUUGCCACUGCAUGUUUUUUUCUGUCUUUUCUGACAGUUUUGUUGUCAUACUAUUCCCUUACCAGACAUCUGAGUAAGAUACAAAAAAACACCUGUAUUGGAGAAAAACAUCUAAUUUACAAAACAGUGAAAAGAAACAUUCUUGUCAUCCAGAUGAUAUUAACUGUCUGCUUUCUUCCAUAUCAUAUUUUCAGGCCAAUUUUUUAUGCACUGCUUACAAAUAAUGACUGCCCAAGGUUAAACUAUCUAGUGGAAAUAAAAAAUUUCCUUACUUGUCUUGCUGCUGCUAAGAGCAGUUUAGAUCCAGUUAUAUACAUUCUGCUAGAUAAAACAUUUAAGAAAAGUCUGUAUGGCCUUUUUACAAAAUCCACAUCAGAACAUCACAAACGUAAAGCUGAUAUUUUCACUGAAGAGACUCCCGAAAUGUGA